AUGGUCAACACGAACACCACUGACCUCUUGGCGGCUUUGGCAAUCGGAGAUAAAGUUCGCUCUGAAGUUAAUAAGCAAUAUCGGCUUCUUGAAUUGGACACCGACGGCGUGUACGCUAGCAUUCUGUUGCUGGCCAAGAAAAAGUAUGCUGCUCUAGCAGUAGUCAAUCCUAUGCAGUGGGCUUGUAAACUUCGUUCUAUGCAACAUCCAACUUCUCAGACUCUUCCACUUCCACCUCUGCCCACUAAACAGGAACUUAAAGGUUUGGAUAUUGUUCGCCGAGAUUGGUGUAGAUUGGCGGUGCAUGUCGGUCGUGACUGCGUCUCACAACUACUGUCCGGUGCCUCUCGUGACACGGUCAUCAUAGCCAUACACAAUCUUCUGUCUGAAGUUGCUGAGAAUUUGCGGGCCUCUAAGGUGGCCUUAUCGGACUUUAUCAUCACCAAGGUUACUUAA